GGAAGAGGUUCAGCCCUUCCGGGAGUCUGCAGAGGCCAACCCUUGCAACUGGGAUAAGAGCCUGUUCUACAGUGGGAGGGAGGCGAUCUGGUCAGAAAGAACCCUGCUGGUUCUGGCUUGAAUUUCCCCUUCUCUCUGGGAACAACUCAGACCCUUCUUUGGAGCCAUCUCUUCCCCCUUGACAAGUUGAUUUGCCAGCAGGGACUAAGGCCAGAAGGGGUAAUGAGUUUAGGAAACAAGUUUAUGCAAAUUCUUCACCCUGCUGACUGAUUGAGGUAACACCAGGCUAAUGCAUCUUAUUAAGAGUUUUUUUCCUAGUCAAGUUCAUGGUGGAAAAGCACCCUCUAUAAGGAAGAUUGUCGGGGACAUGAGCAUGGCCAACAUCCAGACCCCUUCUUUCUGGACUUCUGGCUCCCACUUCAGUGCUCUUUGCCCCACACCAAACUAUUUCAUUUCAUGACGCUCUUCCCUUGUUCAUUUCACAGUCACUCUGAGUUGAAGAAGUAAGCUUUGUGCUUUCAGAGGGUAGCAAAGACUCAGUUUGACCUCAGGUGAUCUGAAAGGAUUAUUGACUUUCCUGCAGUCAAGUGCAUCUGUUGCCAAAGGGAAAAGCUUUGCUUUAACUAGUUCUGCAAGCUGCCAGUAGAAGAGCUGGGCUCUUACUGAGGCAGUCUUAUAGAACUGAAAUGACAAGCAAAAGGCUGGCUGGUCUGUCCCUGGGCAGUGGAUCACCUGAUACAGACCUUGGGACCCAAACCCUGGGAUUGGCUUAAAACAGAGCUGUGUUGACCCAAUGACUGGGCCUUGGCUUCCUGUCAAUCUGCGGUCAGAACCAAAGCCUAGAAAUAGUGCUGGGGCAGUCUUCCCAACUCAUUGUGUAAAAGCAGGCAACCAUGCCGGUACUAACCAAGCGCUACCCUAAAAACUGCCUGUUGGCCGUCGUGGACCGGUACUUGGCUGUGGUGUGCAACAUGGAGCAGGUGGUAAUGAUCCCCAGCCUUCUGAGGGAUGUGCAUCUGGGUGGACAUGGCGGCCAGGCCCAGAUGGGGGCCCCUGAUCUCUACACCUACUUCACCAUGCUCAAGACCAUCCGGAUGGAUGUGGAACAUGGGCUCCUGCCGAGGGAGGAGUGGCAGGCCAAGGUGGCCGGCCGCAAAGCGGAUGAGGCUGGAAAGGAAGCUGCCGAGACAGAGGAGGCCAAGGAAGAAGUCUCCGGGGAGCUGGACCUGGAAACCCAGUUCCAUGUGCACUUCUCCAGCCUCCAUCGCAUCCUUACUCACCUGACUGUGAAAGCUCAGGAAGUGACAAGAAAAUACCAGGAAAUGACGGGACAGGUCCUGUAGGCCUCCGACUCUAGGGAAGAUCACUUUACACAAGAGAAUGCAGACUGUAAUGAGGACUUACAGCAGUGUGUCAGCCCUGAUUCCAGAAACACCUGGACCUGCAGCUGAAGUGAAGGCGACUUGUGUCUCUGGGAUGCUUCCCUACCUCCCUCUGAGCAUCAAUUUGUGACCUCCAGUCCUUGGCUCACCUUUAGGAUGUGUUGCUAUUCACAACUCCAUUUAAUCCUCUUACCAGCUCAGGGUGGUGGCCAGUGGUUCAUGAGGGAGUAGACAAAGUUAGUCUAGUAUGACACAGAAGAGCAGAGGUGUUAGCCUAUGACCGAAGUUCACAUCCCUCCUCUUGGCAGUCAUCCACCCUGUGACCUCAGGCAUUAUUCACCCACUGGAGCCUAAGUAACCUCAUGUAUAAAAUGGGGACAACUUACCUCACAAAGUUACAAAAAUGAAACAAGAUGAAUCAAAAGAACCUGGUAUAUGAGAAAUUAUCAGAUUGUAAUAUGAUUUUUCUCCCACCUUCCCCUAUGUAUUUGCUUUAGUCCUUAACUGAGGUAGCAAGAGUCCCUCGGGAUGAGUACCUCACUGUUACACCUGCCAACCACUGAUGAGGCUGAGCAAGAACUAUAAACCUAUUUAUUGCAGUAGCAAUAAAGAAAAAAUACCUUAUA